AUGGAACAGCCCCCAUCUGGCCCCGUGUCAUUCCGCUGUGAAGAUCGAAUGCCACUGUCAGACGGGCUAGUACAAAAUAGCUUCACUGAUAUGUCACUCAUGCCUAUAUUUAACAACGUCUAUAAAGGUGUGUAUGCUGUGGCCCACGCACUUCACAGUAUUCUUAACUGUAAUAAAACAUGCAACAACACGGCACAGCUAGAUCCAUUCAUGAUUUUACAGCACAUAAGAAAGAUUCGGUUCAGAACAAAGGAAGGAGAUGAGGUUUACUUUAAUGAGAAAGGAGACCCAGCAGCAAAGUAUGAAAUUAUAAACUGGCAGCCAAAGGAAAAUGGCAUUGUGGACUUUGUCACAGUUGGUUUUCAUGAUGCGUCUUUACCUGCAGACAAACAGCUGAAUCUGCAAAAUAAUUCUUUCAUUUGGGCACAGAACUCAAAACAGGUGCCUUUGUCAGUUUGCAGUGAGAAAUGUCCCCCAGGAACUCAUAAGGUUCUCCAGAAAGGAAAGCCUGUUUGCUGCUAUGACUGUUUAAAAUGUGCAGAGGGAGAAAUUAGCAACAUUACAGAUUCUAUCACCUGUGUGAGAUGCCAUCCUGAAUUUUGGUCAAAUGAGAGAAGAGAUGGCUGUGUAAAUAAGGAGGCAGAGUUUUUGUCAUAUGAAGAGAUUAUGGGAGCACUGCUCACUGCUGCCUCCCUAUUUGGAACAUGUAUGACUGCUGUUGUGGCAAUUAUUUUCUUCCACUACAGGCAGACUCCUAUUGUCAGGGCCAAUAACACUGAGCUGAGUUUCCUGCUGCUUUUCUCCUUGACCCUGUGUUUCCUGUGCUCUCUGACCUUCAUCGGUCGGCCCUCUGAGUGGUCCUGCAUGCUGCGUCACACAGCAUUCGGCAUCACCUUUGUCCUCUGUAUCUCUUGUGUUCUUGGGAAAACAAUAGUGGUGUUAAUGGCCUUCAGGGCCACACUUCCAGGUAGUAAUGUGAUGAAAUGGUUUGGGCCUGCACAGCAGAAACUCAGUGUUCUGGGCUUCACUCUCAUACAAGUCAUCAUAUGUAUCCUCUGGCUAACAAUUUCUCCUCCUUUUCCAUUUAAGAAUUUUAAGAAGUUCAAGGACAAAAUCAUCUUAGAGUGUGCUCUGGGCUCAGCUGUAGGCUUUUGGGCUGUACUUGGUUACAUAGGACUUCUUGCCAUUUUGUGUUUUAUUCUUGCUUUUCUGGCUCGGAAACUGCCUGAUAAUUUCAACGAAGCCAAAUUUAUAACAUUUAGCAUGCUGAUAUUCUGUGCAGUAUGGAUCACUUUUAUCCCAGCGUAUGUCAGUUCUCCUGGGAAGUUCAGUGUUGCUGUGGAGAUAUUUGCUAUUCUGGCUUCAAGUUUUGGACUUCUUAUUUGUAUUUUUAUUCCAAAAUGUUAUAUUAUUUUACUGAAACCGCAGAAGAAUACAAAAAAGAAUAUGAUGGGGAAGGGGGCACUAUAA